AGACUGUUGUAAGUGCUUUGGCCUUGGUAUUGAUAGUUCGCCAUGGUUUUUUUACGUGGGAAGGACUCGCAGGUCAAUUGCUAACGGAGUCACUGCGCGGCCUCACAGCUGUUUAAUCUCAUCAAUAUCGGCAUGGCGCGAGACUCGAAGGAGCUGGCCGCGGCGAGUAAGCGGGAUAGUUCGGCCAUGAAGGUCAUCGCCGUGCUGACAGCGCUUUUCCUGCCGGGCACCUGUAUCGCUACUUUAUUUGCCAUGCCUAUCCUCAACUGGAAUGCGUUUUCCAUGCGCGAUGUUAUGACUAGCCACUUCUGGCUUUACUGGGCUGUGACUAUCCCCCUGACGAUCGUGGUCAUGGCUAUUGUUGGCGCUUAUGGGUUGGUCCAGGCGAGGGAGAACAGGAGGGCCGCGGACAAGGCGAGGAAGAACGCGGGCAUUUGGCAAGUAUAACGGAAGUGCUGGGUAUCAGUAGAUGUGCCUGUUGAUACGAAGGUAGCACUUGUUGCCUAGUCUGCACCAAGUUUCGGAUAGCGAUUUGGCGUAACUGAGCUGCGCUGGAGAAGGCCCAUCACUAGCGGCUGAUCACACGGCCGAGCAGCCCGUACACUUUAUCGGUGAGCCAGCUACUUCUACAAUGAUAGACGUCUAGGACAAGCUUUCAAAGAGACCGCUUCCCUCAUCUGUCACGCAAUUAGCAG